AUGGAUCUUCCGAGUUUAGCUCUAAUUUUGCAAGGUGCACUCAGCCCCAAUCCCAGUGAACGAAAAGCUGCUGAAGAAAGUCUUAAUCAGUUUCAAUAUGCGCCCCAGCAUUUGGUGAGACUGCUUCAGAUCAUAGUAGAUGGGAAUGUUGACCUGGCAGUCCGGCAGGUGGCCAGCAUUCAUUUCAAGAAUUUCAUUGCUAAAAACUGGUCACCGCAUGAUCCCGGGGAGCAAUCAAAGAUUUCACUGAGUGAUAAGGAAGUGGUGAGGCAGAAUAUUCUCAAUUUUGUUGCCCAAGUUCCUCCGCUCUUGAGGGUACAGCUGGGAGAGUGCUUGAAAACAAUUGUUCAUGCUGACUACCCAGAGCAAUGGCCGACUCUUUUGCAUUGGGUGAAGCAUAAUUUGCAGGAUCAACAAGUUUAUGGUUCAUUGUUUGUCCUAAGGAUUCUUUCAAGAAAAUAUGAGUUCAAAUCAGAUGAGGAGAGAGCACCGGUUCAUCAUAUUGUCGAGGAAACAUUUUCUCAUCUGCUGAACAUUUUUAACCAACUUGGACAAAUAGCAAAUCCUUCUAUUGAAGUUGCAGAUUUGAUCAAGCUUAUUUGCAAAAUAUUCUGGUCCUCUAUCUAUUUGGAGAUUCCAAAGCAGUUCUUUGAUUCAGCCGUGUUUAAUGCGUGGAUGGUUCUUUUCUUGAAUAUAUUGGAGAGGCCUGUCCCAUUAGAAGGCCAACCAGCUGAUCCAGACCUGAGGAAAUCAUGGGGAUGGUGGAAGGUGAAGAAGUGGACUGUCCACAUAUUAAACCGCCUUUAUACGCGCUUUGGAGACUUGAAACUUCAAAACCCAGAUAACAAAGCUUUUGCACAGAUGUUCCAGAAAAGUUAUGCAGGAAAAAUUUUGGAAUGCCACCUAAAUUUAUUGAAUGUAAUUCGUGUUGGUGGCUACUUACCUGACAGAGUAAUCAAUCUUAUUUUGCAAUAUCUGAGUAACAGUAUCUCAAAAAGUAAUAUGUACGGUCAUCUGCAACCAAGACUUGAUGUUGUUCUGUUUGAGAUCAUCUUUCCACUCAUGUGCUUCAAUGACAAUGAUCAAAAGCUCUGGGAUGAAGAUCCACAUGAGUAUGUGAGGAAGGGAUACGAUAUAAUUGAGGACUUAUAUAGUCCUAGAACUGCUGCAAUGGAUUUUGUGAGUGAAUUGGUUAGAAGGCGUGGGGAAGAGAAUCUUCAAAAGUUCAUAUUAUUCAUUGUGGAGAUUUUUAAGAGAUAUGAUGAGGCACCAGUUGAAUACAAGCCCUAUAGGCAAAAGGACGGUGCCCUUCUAGCCAUUGGUGCAUUGUGUGAUAAACUGAAGCAGACCGAGCCUUACAAGUCGGAGCUUGAGCGUAUGCUUGUGCAGCAUGUGUUCCCUGAAUUCAGCAGUCCCGUGGGGCAUCUUAGAGCCAAGGCAGCAUGGGUUGCAGGGCAAUAUGCACAUGUUAACUUCUCAGAUCCAAAUAACUUCCGUAAAGCAUUGCACAGUGUUGUUGCUGGGAUGCGUGAUCCAGAACUUCCUGUUCGCGUUGAUUCUGUUUUUGCAUUGCGCUCUUUUAUUGAAGCCUGUGAAGAUUUGGGUGAAAUUCGACCUAUUCUUCCCCAGUUACUUGAUGAGUUCUUCAAACUUAUGAAUGAAGUUGAGAAUGAAGAUCUUGUAUUUACUCUUGAGACAAUAGUGGACAAGUUCGGAGAAGAAAUGGCUCCUUAUGCUCUUGGAUUAUGCCAGAAUUUGGCUGCUGCAUUUUGGAAGUGUAUGAACACUGCUGAAGCAGAUGAGGAAGGUGACGAUCCUGGUGCUUUAGCAGCUGUUGGUUGUUUGCGUGCAAUAAGCACAAUCCUUGAGUCAGUCAGCAGGCUCCCUCAUCUGUUUGUACACAUUGAACCAACUCUACUCCCUAUAAUGCGUAGGAUGCUGACAACUGAUGGACAAGAGGUCUUCGAGGAAGUUUUGGAGAUAGUGUCAUAUAUGACAUUUUUCUCCCCAACAAUAUCCAUGGACAUGUGGAGUCUUUGGCCGUUGAUGAUGGAAGCUUUGGCUGAUUGGGCAAUUGAUUUCUUCCAAAAUAUAUUGGUACCAUUAGAUAACUAUAUAUCCAGAAGCACAGUGCACUUUCUCACAUGCAAGGAACCAGACUACCAGCAGAGCCUUUGGAACAUGAUUUCAUUUAUAAUGGGCGAUAAAAAUUUGGAGGAUGGUGAUAUUGAGCCGGCACCUAAGCUCAUUCAAGUGGUGUUCCAGAACUGCAGGGGGCAGGUUGAUCACUGGGUUGAGCCUUACAUUAGAAUCACUGUGGAGCGUCUGCGUCGCACAGAGAAACCUUAUCUCAAGUGUCUCUUGAUGGAAGUGGUUGCUGAUGCUCUGUAUUAUAAUGCACCCUUAGCGCUCAAUGUUCUGCAAAAGCUUAACAUUGCUACAGAAAUGUUUAAUCUUUGGUUCCAAAUGUUGGAACAGACUAAAAAAAGUGGAGUGCGGGCUAAUUUUAAAAGGGAACAAGAUAAAAAGGUAUGCUGCUUGGGCUUAACGUCAUUGAUCCCUCUCCCUGCCGAUCAGUUGCCAGGAGAUGCGUUGGAGCGUGUUUUCAAGUCUACUCUUGACCUGCUUGUUGCCUACAAGGAUCAAGUAGCAGAGGCUGCAAAGGAGGCUGAAGAUGAAGAUGAUAUGGAUAAUUUUCAAAGCGACGAUGAGGAUGAGGAAGGUGACGAGUUUGACAAAGAAAUGGGGGUAGAUGAUGAGGAUGGAGACGAAGCUGACAGCCUUAAACUUGAAAAAUUGGCAUCUCGGGCUAAGUCUUUCCACCCAACUGAGUCAGAUGAUGAAACGGAUGACGAUUUUAGCGAUGAUGAAGAGUUGCAAUCCCCCAUUGAUGAUGUUGACCCUUUUGUUUUCUUUGUGGAUAUUAUUAAAGCUUUGCAAGCAUCCGAUCCAUUGAGAUGGCUUGAAUGGUCACGGUGUGCAUUGCAGUUCCCAAAGAUGAGCUCAUGGGACGCAGGGAACUCAAUUUGCUGCCCAUUUUUUCCUGAGUUUGUACCAAUUUUAUGCGGAUUAAAGUCGCAUGUCAAAGUAAGCAAGGGAAGACAAGUCAUAUCUCUGAGCUAUAAUUCCAAAAAUAUGAGAAAGGUUUUGAUGCUGUUACAUACAUGCUGCAGGGUUGAACCAAGGUAUCAAGAAUUGUUGAGUGUGGACAUCCCAAAGGCAGAGAAAGAUGGAAUUUAUGUCAAAAUCAUAGCAGGUGAAGGGGUUUUCGGGAUCCUAAGUUCAUCACCUGUAGAAGCUCAUCAUCUGUUGGUUUUGGGUCCUGGAGAAGGUUUAAGUGUACGGAACAAGUCUUCUAUGGCAUUGAAAUUCAUUCUGGUGGGUGGUCAGCCACUCAAAUGA